CUUUCUUGUAGCCGAAGUCUCGAGUCCUGCAGCAAUCAUGGCAAACCCUACUCAGAUUUUCGCUGAAGACGUCUCCGAAGAAAAGGGAGAAAAUGCCCGUCUCUCCGCCUUUGUCGGCGCCAUCGCCGUCGGAGAUCUGGUCAAGUCCACGCUUGGUCCCAAGGGGAUGGACAAGAUCCUCCAAAGCGCCAGCACCGGUGAGAUCAUGGUCACCAACGACGGAGCCACAAUCCUCAAAUCUAUAGCCCUCGACAAUGCCGCCGCAAAAGUCCUUGUCAACAUUUCAAAAGUCCAAGACGACGAAGUCGGCGACGGUACCACAUCAGUAACAGUCCUGGCCGCCGAGUUGUUGCGGGAAGCCGAGAAGUUGGUGGCACAAAAGAUACACCCUCAAACCAUCAUUGAGGGCUAUCGACUGGCCUCCCAAGCCGCCCUACAAGCCCUUGAAAAGUCCGCCGUCGACAACAGCAAGAACCCUGAAGCCUUCCGCAAAGACCUCCGCGCCAUCGCACGCACUACCCUCUCCUCCAAGGUGCUCAGUCAAGAUCGGAAUCAAUUUUCCGACCUUGCCUGCGACGCCAUCCUCCGCCUCAAGGGCUCCAUCGACCUAAACCAUAUCCAGAUCAUCAAGAAGGCCGGUGGAAAACUCUCGGACAGCUACCUCGACGAGGGAUUCAUCCUCGACAAAAAGAUCGGGGUCAACCAACCCAAACGAUUGGAAAAUGCCAAGAUCCUCGUGGCCAACACGGCCAUGGACACAGACAAGGUCAAGAUCUGGGCGAGCAGAAUGAAGGUAUCAUCUCCCAAGGAGCUCGCAGAGUUGGAGAAGGCCGAACGAGACCGGAUGAAGGCCAAGGUAGACCGCAUCAAGGCCCAUGGCAUCAAUUGCUUCAUCAACCGUCAAUUGAUCUACAACUGGCCUGAACAACUCUUCACAGAAGCCGGAAUCGUCUCGAUCGAGCACGCCGACUUCGACGGUAUCGAACGACUGGCGCUCGUCACCGGCGGCGAAAUCGCCUCGACUUUCGACCACCCAGACCAAGUCCAACUCGGACACUGCGAUGUGAUCGAAGAAGUCAUCAUCGGCGAAGACACACUGAUCAAAUUCUCUGGCGUCGCCGCAGGCGAGGCUUGCACGAUCGUGCUCCGAGGGGCGACGGAGCAACUCCUCGACGAGGCCGAGCGAUCCCUGCACGACGCUCUGGCGGUUCUAUCCCAAACCGUCAAAGAACCCCGCGUCACCCUCGGAGGUGGAUGCGCGGAAAUGGUCAUGGCCAAAGCCGUUGAUUCACUGGCCCAGAAAGUCGGCGGCAAAAAACGUAUUGCCAUCGACUCCUUCUCCACCGCCCUGCGACAACUCCCCACCAUCCUGGCCGACAAUGCUGGUCUCGACUCAUCAGCUCUCGUGUCAGAGCUGAGAAGUGAAGUAUAUCGUGGCAUGACCAGCAGUGGCCUCGACCUUCUAACUCCUGGCGGCGGGAUCUGUGACAUGCGCGAACUGGGUGUUAUUGAGAGUUAUAAACUGAAAAAGGCAGUCGUCAGCUCCGCCAGCGAGGCUGCAGAGCUGUUGCUUCGUGUCGACAACAUCAUCCGUGCUGCACCACGGCGGCGAGAGAGGAUGUAAAAGCUCCGGAAUUGGUCUCAGAAGGGCUCAUCCCAUUGGGGUCAGGGACGGUGUUCGAAUUGACGCACGAGUGGCUCCUGUCCAUCUAUCUCAAUGCAGUUGGUCUCUUGGCUAUAUUCUAUACACAGUUGCGAUACGCAGUAUAGUAUGCCCCUUGUCAUGCUGGCUGGAUCCGAUCCCGAUCCUCAUGAAAUGCCCCCAUUCGGGGCUCAAGAAAAUCCAACCAACUCUAUUUCCGGUCGGCAGAAUCAUUCCUCGGAGAUCUCUACUUCACCAUUUCCCCCUUAGAUAUGUGGGAGCACAUCUGUCACUCUCUUUCCCUCUCUCCAUACUCCAAGAUCUCGAAGCAAGAGUGAGUUUAGACAGACAACCCCUUCUCGGCUGGAUGAUGGAUGGAGAGGAAGUCCGACUUCUUGGUGAGGAAGAGAGAGAGGUGACUAUUGGCAGAUAGCCAGACAGAAGACACUUCUCUGAUGUCGAGAUUUGAACAAUGGAGGCCUCCGUGGACGAUGCCGAUUCCCUGUAUACCUACCCACCUACCUACCUCCCUUUACAACCAAAGACCGAGCGAGACUAGAUAGAUUACGACUCCUGUUUGUCAUGACCAGAGAAAAGCUCUUCAUAGAGAUAAAUGAGAAACAUCCAAC